AGCAGUCCGGCGACGUCUGUUGGGCCAGGAAGCAGGCAAGCGGGCCAGCUUCCUCUUCCCACCGCCCACCGCCGUCUCCUCUCCCCGCUGCUCCUCCCUCCAUCACCAGCCGGCAGCCGCAGCCACCUCCUCCUCAACCGUGCCCGCGCUCCUCCACCGCGCAAAUCGGAUUGGGCCGCCACCAUCUCUCCCCACCGUUCUAUGCGCCUCGCCUCGGAUCCCAGCCUCCUCGGAGCCACCGUGACCACUGACCGCAACGUGUGCCGCCUUCUCUGCCACGCCUUCGAAUGCACCGCCGCGCCCUGCGACUGCUCCGCCGGGAGCCGCUCCUACGCCUGCUCCGCUCGCUCGCCGCUCAAGACCGUCGCCGGCGAGCAAAGUGCCAUCAGCUCCACUAUGGCAAGCAAUUCAGCCAAAAUCAAGCGAGGAAGAGGAAGAAAUGCUGGAACAAAAUAUAGCAAUCCCGUUCAAGAAGGGAAUCCAAGAUCAAUCACUUCUAAGCGCAUAUAUACAAUGGCAAGACUGCAGGCGCUAAAAUGUUAAAUGGAGGGGGGGGGGGGGGGGGG